AAUUAAUUAAUGAGUUAAUUUUUAAUGCCCGGCGAUUUCCAUGUAUUUCCUCUAGUAUUAGUGGACACAAUUCCAACAGCCCCUUCAAUCGGGUCGAUGGAAAUGGAGUCUCCAUUCAAGGCAAAUUUAUUGAAAGGCAAAGUAGCAUUAUUGACUGGAGGUGGGUCGGGUAUCGGGUUCGAGAUCUCAACUCAGUUCGGAAAACAUGGAGCUUCCGUUGUUAUUAUGGGUCGCCGGAAGAGCGUUCUUGACGCCGCCGUCUCCGCCCUCCAAUCCCUUGGAAUCCCGGCAAUUGGUCUUGAAGGAGAUGUACGAAAACCGGAGGAUGCACAAAGAGUAGUGGAAGCAACUGUCAAGCGUUUUGGGAAACUUGACAUUCUUGUCAAUGCUGCUGCCGGCAAUUUUCUUGUGUCAGCUGAGGAUCUGUCUCCUAAUGGCUUCAAAACAGUGAUGGAUAUCGAUUCUGUUGGUACAUUUACAAUGUGUCACGAAGCACUCAAGUAUCUUAAGAAAGGUGGACCUGGAAGGGACUCAUCUAGUGGAGGAUUUAUAUUGAACAUCAGUGCCACUUUGCAUUACACGGCAUCUUGGUAUCAAAUCCAUGUAUCUGCAGCCAAGGCAGCUGUUGAUGCCCUCACCAGAAAUUUAGCUCUGGAGUGGGGUACUGACUAUGAAAUCAGAGUUAAUGGCAUUGCACCAGGUCCUAUAGGAGAUACUACUGGGAUGAGUAAGCUCGUGCCUCAAGAGAUAAACAGCAAAGCCAGGGAAUAUAUGCCACUAUAUAAACUUGGUGAGAAGUGGGAUAUCGCUAUGGCUGCUCUUUACCUUGCAUCAGAUGCUGGGAAGUACAUAAAUGGAACAACCCUUAUUGUUGACGGAGGACUGUGGCUGAGCCGACCUCGCCAUCUGGCCAAAGAUGAAGUUAAAGAGCUUUCUCGUACCGUGGAGAAAAGAUCACGAGCUGCACCUACUGGGGUUCCUACCAGCAAGCUGUAAGCUAGCUAUAUAUUUCAAUUUUAUUGUGGAGUUAAUUUCCAUGUACAUGGAGUGGAAUUACAGUUUGUUGCAUAAACAUGUCGAGAAAGACCUUGAUCACCUUCUGCAGAGGUAAAAUAAUUGGACUAUUUAUCUCUUUACUAAUUUGCUCGUAUUUGAGAAAUUUUUAUGACAUAAUGGUGAAACAUUAAAUUACAGAUUGCUAAUUAGAAUAAAAAAAAUGUGCGUAUUAUUUCGAACA